UAUCAACAAUGGCUACACAUAGUUUUCAAAUUUUAUUUUUCUUUUGUCUUCUUAGUUUUAUUGUUUCUCUUUCUCAGGCAUUCAACAAUGGUUUUAGUGUUGAACUCAUCCACCGCGAUUCUGAAAAAUCACCAUUUUUUCAACCUAACCAAAACAAAUACCAAAGUAUUAUCAAUGCCGCACGUCAUUCAAUCAAUCGCGCCAAUCAUUUCUAUAAAAGUGCCGCAAAAGAUGCACCUGAAUCAACCAUACUCCCCGAUGCCGGUGCAUAUCUCAUGACAUAUUCAGUUGGUACUCCACCAUUUAAGCAAUUCGGUAUAGCUGAUACUGGUAGUGACAUUGUUUGGCUUCAAUGCGAGCCUUGUGAAACAUGUUUCAACCAAACUACUCCUAUAUUUAAGCCAGCACAAUCAUCUACUUACAAAAACGUCCCUUGUUCGUCUGACACAUGUCAAUCCGUGAGAAGUUCGGGUUGCAGCGGCAAAAACAAUUGUGAAUAUACUAUUACUUAUGGCGAUGGAUCAAAAUCAGAAGGAGAUCUUAGUGUUGAUACUGUUACAUUUGAAUCCACCACCGGUGCUUCCGUUUCAUUUCCUAAAACCUUGAUAGGAUGCGGAACGGACAACACCGUUACUUUUAACGGCCGAAGCUCCGGUAUUGUUGGCCUCUCUGGUGGACCCGCGUCUUUAAUAACACAACUAGGAUCCACAAUUGGUGGUAAAUUCUCUUAUUGUUUACCACCAUCAACUCUCACAUCAGGUUCUUCAAGUGCUACUAGCAAACUCAGUUUUGGAGAUGCUGCAAUUGUUUCUGGUACUGGCGUUGUUUCAACUCCUAUUGUUACUAAGAACGGUGAGAUUUUCUACUUUCUUACAUUAGAAUCAUUUUCCGUCGGAACCAAAAGAGUAGAAUUCGCAUCAUCAACUAAUGCUGUUGGUGAAGUUGAUGAGGGUAACAUUAUCAUUGAUUCCGGUACAACAUUGACGCUUCUGCCGUCCGAAAUUUACUCUAACUUGGAGGCAGAAGUCGCAAAAGUAGUGAAUCUCGAGCGUGUUGAUGAUCCUAACAAUUUAUUUGACCUCUGCUACACUCUCACAUCGGAAGAACCUGAGUUUCCUGUAAUCACUGCGAACUUCCAAGGCGCGGAUGUCGUGUUGCAACCUGUUAGUACUUUUGUUCAAAUUUCUGAUAGUAUUGCUUGCUUUGCGUUUACACCAGCUCAAGAUCUUGCCAUCUUUGGAAACUUGGUGCAACAAAAUUUGUUGGUUGGUUAUGAUCUUGAAGCAAAGAAGCUCUCGUUUAAGCCCACUGAUUGUUCUAAAGAAUAA